AUGACAUCGCUGAGAAAAUUGGCGAGUGUCUUUGCCAUAGCGAUUGUAGCGUUCCCCUUUUCGGAAGCUGAUCUGCCAUGUAUUGGCGUCAACAGGAACAAAACUAUGGGCGAAUUCAUAAAAGACAAUCUAGAUUUCUCUGAUUUCCUCCGAGCACAUAAAGAAAAGGGCAAAUUUUUCAAGAAAAUUGUGCUAGAUGAGAAUCACUUCCCAUGCAAGAAGCUCGCAAGGUCGCUUUCUAAACCGACAUCUAUUGACAAAUUGCGACCCGGAGACAUUGAUAUCAUCGCGGCAGUCGGUGACUCGCUAACCGCCGCUUCUGGCGCCCGAGCAAGUAACAUUCUUGGAAUAUCGAAUGCGUAUAAAGGUUUGACUUUCAGCAUCGGAGGGUACUUCGCUCAAGAACGAGGCGCGGAAGCUAAAUCAUCAAUCUACAAUAAUGUGUCGACCCAUUUUACAAUAGCAAACGCUUUGAAGUUCUACAAUCCCAAUUUAAAAGGCUUUUCGGCCGGCAUUUCGUCGGGAGAAGACUGGAACUCGGGCUUCAACAUGGCGGUUCCAGGUGCAAAGGCAAUACACUUGAGGGCUCAAGUUAGAAAAUUAGUCAGGGAGCUGAAAAAGUCUACCGAUUUUGAUAACGACUGGAAAUUGGUGACAUUUUUCAUUGGGGGUAAUAACCUCUGUCAGACUUGCGUUGAUCCUAACAGCUCUGCUAGCAACUUCGAGAAAGACGUGAAAUACUCUCUGGAUUACCUUCACCAACAUCUGCCAAGAGCCUUCGUCAACUUGAUCACCAUUUUCGAUAUCUCAUUUUUGAAAUCAAUGAGCAAAGGACACCCAAUUUGUGACUUGGCUCACACAUGUUUCUGCUCAUGUGCGCUCGAAAGUCCCAGGAAAGUGAGACGAAUCAGUAAAAAUUACGUAGAAGUCCUGACCAAUUUGGUUGAAACUGGACGCUACGAUACGAGAGACGAUUUUAAAGUCGUAAUUCAACCAUUUUUGGAAGACAUUGAACCCCCUCAAGUUGACGGAAAGCCAGAUUUGACCUACUUUGCUCCGGACUGUUUCCAUUUCAGCCAGCGUGGCCAUAAUUCAGCUGGACGGUAUCUGUGGAAUAACAUGUUUGAGCUGAAGAAGUCGCGACCAAAUACUUUUGACCCCAACAUGCCAAUCAAGUGCCCCACUGAGGAAAUGCCCUAUUUGGUUGCUUGA